AUGUCCAAGUUUCAGGCUCCUGCAGAGGGAAACCACAACCUGACUUCUUACUGCCUAUGCGAUUCAUGGAUUGGUUGUGAUGCAAAGUCUAGUAUUAAGUUGAAGGUUUUGAAACGUAGCCGGGCAGCAGGGACGAGGGGUAUGGUUGCUGCAGACGAGUUACCGGCACUAGAGGAUGGUGGUGAUGAGGUGGACGAGGAAGAUGAAUAUGAUGAUGAUUACGAGAGUGAGUACAGUGAAGACGAUGAAGUGGCAAACGGCACUGCCCAUGUUAGAGGCGACGACAGUUCAAGCUCCGAUGGUUCAGAAAGUGAGGAAAAUUAG